UCUAGUUACACAUUUCAUGUAAAAUGGCUUUACGUGUGACAUGUGACUGUAGAAAAGAAAAUUUGUAGGUUAGGUUAUGUGCGAGGAACUGUAUUUACGGUAUUUAAUUAAAUCUUUAAUUUUAUCUAAAUCAUAAGUCUUCGUUAAAUCUAUCGCUGUUCUGUCGAAUAAAGUGAAAUGGAUGAACAGACUGAGCGUAAAAAAGUUAAGCAUAAUAGAAAUACCAAUGAAUACAAAGCAAAAAAACCGAAAGUGUUGUACAAUCGAAAAUUCAGGAAACCUUUAAGGAAGAAACGGAAAAAUGAAUACGAUCCUGAUGAAGAAGCUAGAUUAGAAAAAAUAGUUUUUGGUGAUACGAGUGAUAUAGUACAUAAUUUAUUAAAUGAUAAAUCUGAAACGAAGAUAAAUGAUGAAUCCGUUGAUGUAAUUGAGGAAAUUGUAGACAAGAAUGAUGAGAAGGAUAAGGAGGAUAGUAAGGAUAGUGAGGAUGAAUCGGAUCAUGAUACAUCAAUUUUGAGUAGUAGUGAUGAUUCAAAAUCAAAGAAAAAGAAAGCAGCAUGGAUAGACGAAGAUGAUUAUAAUUACACUGUGGAUUCAGCUUUGAUUGCACAAAAUCGCACAUUGCCAUGUGAAAGACCAGAAAAGUUAUAUACAACAUAUUUAGAGAACAGAUACAAAUUGUUUGUGGGUACUCCAAAAUGGGCUAAACUUGAAAAAAAUGAAGCUGAUGUUGACGAUUUAGACAGUGACAUCUUGAAGCAUAGUUGCCACUUAGAAGCACCAAAAGUGAAGAAUCUACCAAAAAAUAUUAUCGACAUCAAAGCGCUCAAAGCUUUAAAUAAGAGCACUCACACAGAAGGCCCUAUUAUUACUAGUGUGGAAUUUCAUCCAUCAUCCACUGUAGCUCUGGUUGCUGGUUCAUCAGGUAUCCUGUCCCUAUUCCAGGUGGAUGGUCAUACGAAUGAUAAAUUGCACAGUAUGCAAUUUAAGAAAUAUCCAAUUAGCAAAGCGACAUUCAUGAAAGAGGGGACAGAAAUUUUGCUUGGCUCUCAAUAUUAUCCAUAUUGCCAUACAUACGAUUUGAUGAAUGGCAAGACAUAUAAAUUACCUUUGCCAAACAAUAUUACAAAUAUGAAGCAUUACGAAGUAUCUCCUGAUGGCAAGUUAAUAGCAUUGUGUGGAAGAUUCGGCGAGAUAUAUUUGUUACACAGCUCUACUAAGGAACUCGUCAGUAUACUUAAAAUGAAUUCGAAAUGCAGAGUACUAGCGUUCACGCCAGAUAGUAAAAUGCUUAUUACGCAUGGUGACGGCAGUGAGAUGUAUAUAUGGGAUUUGAAUACUCGCACGUGCGUCAAUCGUGCCGUAGACGACGGAUGCUUGUCUUGCACAUCACUCGCAAUGUCUCCGAGCGGCCAAUUUAUAGCUACCGGUAGCGCACAAGGUGUAGUCAAUCUAUAUGACACGAAAAGUGUGUUGAAAGAUCAAAGCCCAAUGCCUUUAAAGAUAGUGAUGAAUCUCGUGACCAGUGUCACGAACUUGAAAUUUAAUCCAACUUCUGAGAUAUUGAGCGCGGCGUCGGUUGACAAACACAAUGCAUUUAAGAUGUUGCAUCUGCCGUCAUUUACCGUAUUCUCAAACUUUCCGACACUUCAAACCAUUAUAGGUCUGCCACAAACGAUUGACUUUUCCCCUGGCAGUGGUUAUCUCAGCAUUUCAAAUAGAACAGGUUCCGCUUUGCUGUACAGAUUGCGGCAUUAUGGAAAUUAUUAAUUGUAUUCAUAAAAUAACUUUUUUAAAAAUAAUAAAUCAUUGUUUUUUAUUGUUAACCUUUAA